AUGGAGUUGAAAAAUUCAACACGAAGUUUGCCCAAAGUCACACAUGUACCUCUGACAGUGAACAAGGCAGUGAAUAUUCCCGGUCGUGCUUUACACAAAGCUACUUUCCUGAGAUCGCUAGCACUCCAGCCUGGCGAAGUUGACCGUGCUCUCAACCAUGGUGAAGCUCACCAUGACCACACCGGAGGGCAUCAUUCUGAUGAAGCCAAGGCUGCUGUGUCCUUUGAGGAUAAAGCAGUAGAGCACCCAAUGCGUCAAGAAGACAUCAAAUCGCUUCUUCGCUCGUUCGAAGGGAAGAAACUCCCCUUGGAAUAUCCGUCUCCAACUACUCUCGCGGACAUCUCAUCUUCUCAACUACUCGAAUUUGGGAAGCGACUCUUGAGCGUACGCCAAGCAGCCCUGGAAAAGGCCAGAAGAUCAACUCAUGAACGUGUUGGAAAGGAUCAAGUAUCGCAACUCUUGGGUCAUCAUUACAACUUGGUGCAGUCGGCUCAGGUAGCUUCUGCCGCCUUCUCUUCCCAUAUCACGGUAUCGCCGGUGGGUAUGCUCAAUCUUGAACGUCUAGAAAUGGCUCCUGCGGGCAUUGAGAAAGGUGAACUUCUUGCGACAAUACCUUUGGCUCCCCGAGAGAAGACGAUUGUGGUACAGCAGGAGUGGUCCUCCAUCAGCCAAGAAUUUACCUCAAUUGUCACGGACUCGCUCGAGAACUUUAGUGAGACGGGCGUCACAGAAAACACCGAGCUUGCACAAGCUACAACUUCACAAAAUUCGCACUCUAAUCAAUUUAAUGUCACGUCAAGUGCAUCCGGAGGUUGUGGAUUUGUAACCGGCUCUGUGUCCGCUGGUUUUAGUGGUCAAGAUUCAAACUCGACGUCUGCAACUGAUAGCACGAAACAUGCAAUGAGUGUGACAAAGAAAGCAUCUUCCCGCGUAACGCAGAGUCGUAAGGUCACAAUCUCGACCAACACUGUCAGUGGCAGCUCGACAUCGACAACUCGGACCUUGGAAAAUCCAAGCGAUACUUCAGCGAUGACUAUCAACUAUUUCAGCAUGAUGCGAAAGUGGCACGUCGGUCUCUAUCGUUAUGGAUUGCGGCUUACGUAUGAUCUUACGGUGCCAGAGCCCGGUGCCGCAAUGCGAGAGCUCUACGCAGAGAUGGACAAGAUCCAGGAAAGUUUGAUCGAGAAAUUCAAGUUCCCACUUACCAUGAAUGAUAUCGAUGAGAGCAACUACACUCAGAAAGCAGCUGACUAUAACGUGACCCUGCCUCCUCCACCACCACCUGCUUCGCCCAUUCCAAUGCGAGUUGCUGGGGCCAUCCCAAAUCUCAUCAAAGACAAUGAUUCAAGCUGGAUCGAAAACGUGGUUGAGAUCACCAUCAAAGACGGCUAUGAAGUUAGCAACAUCAAGCUCGAUCUGAUUCUCUCCAAUUAUCAUGUAACCACCCGCGUAUUCUCCAUCGUUGGUGUCGACCCAAGUAUCAACACCAACGUCGUCGGCGAUUCUCAGGACCGCCGCAUCAACAUUGACUUGGGAAGUUUCCUCGUCGGCCAACAAGGCACCAUCCAGAUCGUCUAUUUCGCCCAAUACUACGGCAACGGCAUGUACGCCUUCAACGUCUCACAAGUGCCCACAGCCGCAACCCGCGACGUCUGGCGCGCCAGUGUCCUCACCAGCAUCUACAACUCCGCCCUCGCGGACUUCACCGCCAACCAAACCCUCCGCCAAUCCCAGCUCCAAGGGCUCCAAGACCAGCUCAGCGCCGUAGACACCCUAACCCUCCGCCGCGAAGAAAACGACGAAAUCAUGAAAUGCGUCCUCCGCUGGCUUCUAGGCCCAGACUUCCAAUUCGUCCCCGACGACGUCGCCCAAGCGUUCGAAAACCCACCCCCGGCGCCACCAGUCCCGACAGUGCCGGCGACAACGCCCACGGCAUCCACUUCACCGCAUGCUGGGACUGUGGGAGUCGGGAGGAUAGAUCCCGGGAGUGAUGUUAAGGUGCUCGUUAAGGAUACGUCCGGGUUCGUGGUGGGAGAUGUUGUGUUGAUUGAUAGUGCGGACUCGGGUGUGCAGGAACGGCAGAAGAUUACGAUGAUAGAGCAGGAUCAGAGUGUUAUUGUGGUGGAAAAGCUGGUCAAUCGGCAUGGAGCUAAGGCGAAAGAGGAAUUGUAUCCUAUCAUUCAGGUGGGCGAGGAGGGCGUGUUGAUUGCGGAGUGGUUCGAGUACACGCCGUCGCAUGGGACCGCGAUUGAAGUCGACAGUGCGUUUGAGACCAUGUCGUGA